UUGUGUAUUUUGAUUAGCAAGAGCGCAGUGACUUCGCUGUGUGUUAGCGCAGUCGCCUAAUCUACAAUUGCUGUCAAGGCUUAGCGAAAGUGUUGUUUACAUUCUUCGUUUAUUACGUUUGAUAACAUAAUGGCUGUGUAUCAUGGUGAUACGAGAACCGAUUGGCCUAUGCUGUUUGCUGAAUUAAAACAGUACCAUGACGAAGCGUAUCGUGUGAUUGACACUGCUAUAAAACUGGAAGAGGAAAGAAAAAACAGAGAGGCAGUUGAAAGGUAUGAACAAGGUCUAAUCUUAAUAGAUAGAGCACUAAGUAUUCAGCUCGACUGUCCGCAGAAUCCAGACUUUUCUUGGGAAAAAGCAUGCAUGAUGAUGCAAAAAAUGAGGAAGACCAGGAAAGAAGUCUUGCACCGGAUUAGUGAUGCACAGGUCAGUGCAGCAGGGAGUGCAUCAUCUCAGCAGGCACCACCUUCUUAUGAAGAGGCAAUGUCGGCACCCAGUUCACCCGUUCCAGAGCCAUCUCAGAUCCAGACAUAUGAGGAUUUGGGAAAAGCCCUGCAGAGGUUAAAGCCUGAUAGCAGUAAGCUGUGUGAUGAGAUGCAUGGGGAGCUACUGUUCACAGUAGAUGGAGUUAGAAUAUACUUUAUCUCACCUGAUGGUUCUGUCACAUCUCCAUCAGACCCUGCAUCACUACAGAUUGUACAUGUGAAAGAUGCAGAAGGAGAGGUGCCAAGUUAUUACUUGCAGCUCGGCACAUGGAUUUAUCCAUUAAUACCUGGUGUUUCGCCAUGCUUUCGUACACAAUACGGGGCUUUGAUACUACCUGACUUGCAUUCUGAUGUUCCUGGUGCAGCUGUCGGACUGAUCCUACCCGAGAAUGCAGAUGAUUCAUUGCUUGAGCUCUUGGAUGACAUCCUACAAGGUGUCAUGCGCCAGGAGGCACCCCAGGCACUGCCUCGCAUGGCGAGAGCAGCACCAGCUCUGCCACCUGCACCAUAUAGCUAUAGUCAGAGAAUCUCAGGCGCUCUCAUCUCAGGUGCCAAGUAUGUGUCAAAUGGAUUAGUGUGGGGAGCAAAUAAGGCAGCAAACUUGAUAACACAGCGUGGGACACCUGCUCUGGUAUCACAUAUUCAGCCUGUAGCACAGCCACGACCAGUUAGUCCUGGCAUGACAAGGGGUGUCCAAUUUGCCAAAGAUGUUUCUGGAAAAGCUGUGCAGUUUACGGGAUUUGUAGCUUGCAAAGUCGGAACUGCAACUGUGGCUCUUGGAAGGUACCUCGCACCACAUGUUCGUGAACAAGGAACGAAGUUACUGACAAAAGUGUCUGGGUCAGGAGAGGAAGAAGCCAAGGCACGUAUGGAGGGAGUGCUGGAAGUGGCAGCUGGCGCAGUGCAAGGCAUUGGCACUGUGUAUGAAGGACUAGAACGUUCUGCAUCCAUAUUAGGCAGCAGCCUUGCUAACUCCACAGUGACAAUUGUGAAACACAGAUAUGGCAACUCUGCUGGUCAGGUCACAGGUGAAGCUCUGGAUGCUGUUGGAAACGUCUGGGUAGCUGGUCGUGAUAUCAGACAUCUUUCACCUAAAGGGCUUGCAAAGGCAACAGCUAUUGGUGCCAGUAAAGGUGUUGUGGAAGCCACUGGGCAUUUGCCAGGACCAUCGAGUAAAGAGGAAUGAUUACUCUUCGGUAGUCUUAAAAUAAGUCAGUUAUUAUCAGAGAAUCAAAGGCAUGCUGCUUACAAUUUGGCUAUCCUUCAUGUUGAAUGAUUUAAAAUUACUUUUUUCUUGGUUCACUUGAAGUGACUGCAAGGCAUUAAUAAUUUUGUAAUGGUGAACUUACUGUUGACAUUGUAUAGUUGUUGUUAUCAGACUUUACAGCGCACAGUUUGAUAAAUCUGCCUUGUAUGUACAUUUGUAUUGUUAUACUUUGAUUAUAAUAAUUUUGUGAUUGACAUUAAGCAAGACAGUCAGCAAGGGCUGAGGUGUCAGUAAACUACAGUUCUUUCUAUGGUUCCACAUGCUCACUGUUUAGUAGGUAACUACAGAAUCCUGAUAAGUGAUCCAGAUUAUAUGAUGUGGAAGAGGGAGGAAUAGCAGGAAUAGCUGGCCAUUGAUAUCUGUCAAUCACUUAAGUCACUUUAUUGAAGCUGAACUGACAGCAAGGGGGGGGGGGGAUGUUAUAAAUUUCAUUCACUGAUAUUUCAUAAUUAUUUGAACUGUUUUCUCACACUGGAGUUACGUUAUGUUGUGGGUGGUCUUUAAACUGGUGUUGUACUAAGAAAUAUAAGGCACCUAAGCUAUGAUAAAUUACUUCUAAAUAUACACAGGUAAUAAAUUUCUGGGAUAUGGUCAGGGAAAUUACAUAAAUUUUUAGUAUUCCUUGUGUAAUAAGCACUGAGGAAAGAAGAGGUGCUGUUACUAUAUUUUUUCAAGUGGCAAAUUUCUAUGCUGUUCCUCCUCAUUGUUGUUUGAAUGUUCACUGUAUUGAGAAGAAACUGAAAGCAUUAAGUUGUGUUAAUUAUGAAAACUUUUUCCAGCUGUAUGUGAAAGGAAAGGCAGUGCACGGUAAUCCACCUUCUUUUUAUUUCUCAAUAUGUACUGCAAUUAUUACAGUGUGAUAGUAGCUAAUCUGUAAUAUUUUUACACCCUGUAGCUAUUUCAAUUCUCUUUAUUAUGCAGAAAAUAGUUUCUGUUCUGUGAUAUUUUCUCUGUAAAUCUCAUAUGUGUAGAGUAAGUACAAUGAGUUGUUGUGUUGGUUAACUGGAUGUUCCUUUUGUGGUUCUCAAUUAUGUUAAUGUUGAUCGACAUAUUCACUUGUCAUUUUAAAAUAUAGUAAAAUAUAAAAAUUUAUAUUUUUAUGUUGAAGGGUACUUGUUGUUAGAGCUAUAAAAAUAAUUUUUAAGAGGUUCUAGUAUAAUGAAAGAGGAGUGGUAAAAUUAGAAUUGGACAGUUGUGUGCUUUAUGAAAAGUGUACAUGUGAAACUUAAGCCAGAGUUUUAGUGCAGCUAAUUUGUCACUGGGUGUUCAUUCGAAUAUUUCACUCACUAUGCGAAAUACACAUUGUACUGGAGUACAUGUACUUGCUUGUGUGAAGACAAUAUAUUUAUCACAACAAACUUAAGAGUACUUGUACUAUUUUGUAAUCAGUCAAAAUGCUUUUUACUUAGAAUAGAUAUCUCUUCACUGCAUGUUAUUGGCACAGCUCACACUGACCAGAUGCAGUGAAUGCAGCUUCUGUGAAAAAGGACAUUUUUUUCUUCACAGAUUUUAUUCAUACAUUUAUGCUGACCCUCAUCAGCACUUCUAGUUUAUUUCCUGAUUUUCGUCUGGAUCCAAGCUGCUGACAACUCAAAACUCUUGUCAUUUUUAAACCAAACAUUAUAUGCUUACUUUUGUUUAAUUAAUGUGUUUUUGUUUUUAUAAAAUGUACAUCUUGUUCAAAUCUGCACUCCUUCUGCAUUGUACUUAUUGCACUGUUGCUGGUGCUGACUUUGAAUACUCGACAAGUUUUUGCUCCACAUGCUGCUGUACUGUCAGUGUCUGUCAUGUUAAGUUACCAAAUUCUGUACUCAAAAGUGUGAAGAACUUCUUAAAUUUGGCAUAUUUCUCAAAUGAAUGAGAGAAAAUAGCCAUACUUUCAGCAAUAAUACUCAUUAUGACAUGUAUCUUUCAUGACUGCAGAAGUACAUGCUGUUUUCUCCAAACCAUUCAAGGGAUACAGCAAAUAUGAGGAGUUUUUCAGACAUUUGGAUUCAAAAAUUGAUAACUCUAUCCAAUAAUCAUAACUAAUUUUUGCAUAUUUCAAUCUGAAUGAGGAGUCACAGUGGUAAGAACUAGACAUAUCUUCAGGAUGAUGGCAGUUCAGACUUCUUUCCAGCCAUUCACAUAUAGAUGUUCCAUAUAUCCAAAUACUCAAUCACAUAAGGCAAGUUCCAGGAUGUUCCAGAAGGCCCCUUUGAAAAGGCACAGCCAAUUGCCUUCUCUGUCUCACCCUAAUCCAAGAUUGUGCUUCGUCUCUAAUGACCACUUAGUCAAUCUGAUGUUAUGCUGUAUUUACUUCCUUCUAGUUUUCAUUUGACCUCUAUAAGUGUGCCAGUUGUUGAGAUUGUGUGUUACAGGAUAACAUUAUGUACUAAGUCAUCAAGUAAAUAAACAUAUUUGAG